CCCUUUGCCCUGACCGUUUGGAGCUGCUUGGACUGAGUAAUACAUGAAUUGUUAGCUAGCGACCUGUAGCAAUAGCCUUACCAAAUAUUGACUAUUCAUUAUCGGAAAUAAGGUUUACUCCUGUCUGUGGUAUGAAAAGGUAGCUUUGGCCAUCUCGCCUGAAGUUGUGAUCAAAUCAGAAAGCUGAAGCAUGGAUUCGCCUCAGGACGACUAUUCUCCACUCAAACGCUUUGUAGUGGCCAAGAAAAAGAUAAGUGACGUGUUUGAUCAACUGCUGGAGUAUGUGAAGGAAGGUUCUGUGUUUGUAGAAGAAACUUGUCGGAAUGAUGCCUUAGAGAACAUUGCAAGUCGGGAGCAACAGGAGCAGAUUCGGGCGUAUGCUGGCAAACUGCAAACUAUAAAAGAUGUGCUGGCACGCAGACACAUGAAGGUGGCCUUCUUUGGCAGGACGAGUAAUGGGAAGAGUACAGUGGUGAAUGCCAUGCUGAGGGACCGGGUGCUGCCCAGUGGCAUGGGUCACACCACCAACUGCUUCCUGAGUGUGGAGGGCACGGACUCGAACAAUGCCUACCUCAAGACGGAGGGCUCAGAGGAGGAGAAGAGCAUCAAGACUGUGAACCAGCUGGGUCAUGCGCUGCACAUGGACCAGAGUCUGGAUGCAGGCUGCCUGGUCCGAGUCUUCUGGCCCAAGACCAAGUGUGCCCUGCUCCGAGACGACCUGGUCCUUGUAGACAGCCCUGGGACAGAUGUCACCACGCAGCUGGACAGCUGGAUCGACAAGUUCUGCCUGGACGCUGACGUCUUUGUGCUGGUGGCCAACUCUGAAUCAACCCUCAUGAACACGGAGAAGCAUUUCUUCCACAAGGUGAACGAGAAGCUCUCCAAACCCAACAUCUUCAUUCUCAACAACCGCUGGGACGCCUCAGCCAAUGAGCCGGAGUACAUGGAGGAUGUUCGAAAGCAGCACACGGACCGCUGCGUCAACUUCCUGGUGGAGGAGCUGAAGGUGCUGGACCGGGAGCAGGCGCCCAACCACAUCUUCUUUGUGUCAGCCAAGGAGGUGCUUAACUCCCGCAUGCAGCGCGCCCAGGGUAUGCCAGAGUCUGGUGGAGCKUUAGCCGAAGGUUUCCAGGAGAGGCUCAAGGAGUUCCAGAGUUUCGAGAGAAUAUUUGAGGAGUGUAUCUCGCAGUCAGCAGUGAAAACAAAGUUUGAGCAGCACACUAUCAGGGCCAAGCAGAUCACUGAAACGGUCAAAGCCAUCAUGGACGCCAUCAACAUCAAGGCAGCAGAGAAGAGAGUGGCCUCAUUGGAGGACCGUGAGUACCAGRUGGACCGUUUGGCGUUUGUGACGAACCAGCUCCAGCUGCUCAUAGAAGACAUCAAGAAGAAGAUCAAGGCUGUCACAGUGGAGGUGGAGAGCAAGGUGUCCAGUGCCAUGGGCGAAGAGAUCUGUCGUCUCAACGUGCUCAUCGAGGAGUUCCACUCGGACUUCCACCCCUCGCCCCACAUCCUCAAGCGUUACAAAUCAGAGCUGCUGAGCCACAUCGAGCAGGGCAUGGGUAAGAACCUGGCCUUCCGCUGCUCCAACGCUGUCAACGCCUCCGUGCAGUCCUCCCAGAGAGACAUGAUCGAGAGUCUGCAGCCUCUGCUGCCCCCUGCUGUUCAGAUACAGAUGCUGGUGCCCUGUCACAAGUUUGACCUGAGCUACGACCUGAACUGUGCCACGCUCUGCUCGGACUUCCAGGAAAACAUAGAGUUCCAGUUCUCRAUGGGUUGGACGGCGCUGGUCAACCGCUUCCUGGGGCCCACCAACGCCAAUCGGGCCCUCAUGCUGGUCGACAAGAACUUCCCGAUGACGCGCUCCCUGUCCACCACACCCUCCAGCGGACCCUCCAGUGUUGCCGUUGCCCAGCCCCAGGACGCCACGCUCUCCCAGGAGGACCUGAUGAUGUCCAUGGCCACSAACGUGGCCUCCCUCGCCUCCCGCACGUCCAUGAGUAUGGUCAUCGUCGGAGGAGUGGUGUGGCGGACGGUGGGCUGGCGGCUCAUAGCCCUGUCGGCCUCCAUGUACGGCCUGCUCUACCUGUGGGAGAAGCUCACGUGGACCACCAARGCCAAGGAGCGUGCCCUGAAGCGCCAGUUUGUGGACUACGCCACAGAGAAGCUGCAGCUGAUUGUCAGCUUCACCAGUGCCAACUGCAGCCACCAGGUCCAGCAGGAGAUGGCCACGACCUUUGCUCGGCUGUGUCAGCAGGUUGACCUGACAAAGAGGGAGCAGGAGGGAGAAAUCAGCCGACUGACCGCCAAGGUCCAGACUCUGGAGACCGUCCAGUGCCGCUCCAAGAUCCUCCGGCACAAAGCCACAGAGUUGGAGAGGCAGUUGGAGACUUUUACAGACCAAUAUCUGAAUCCCCAUCAUUGAUGGACUGGUCCUCUUCACUGGAGCUUGUCUUGGCAUUGACUCGCCAUGCCUGGACUCCCCUCCCCCUCAAUAGUAUUCCUCCUGGAAUUUCCACACCUCAAAACAGAUGUUUCUCUAAGAGAUUUGUGGAAGUGUCCAGUCCUCCACACACAUUGAAGGAUUUUGCAGAGAACAAACUGCCUGUUUGUUGAACUAACACAACUGCCUGUAUUAAACUCAAACUGAAUCAGU